AAAUUUUAGUGUUAGUGUAUUUCUCACAGUAGAAAAAUAUAUUAUUACCAAAAUUAACUCCGGAGAGACUUAUUGCCAAACAUCACUGAUCUAUCGCAGAACACGCCGCACAAAUCUAAAUAUUAUUAUAAAUACCGUAAUUUAAUAUACACAGCAGAAAAGCAAUAUGUUUGUCCUGUCGCACUCCGUCGUCUCUGUGUUCACUCUUACGGUACUGUUGAAUGUAUUUUACAUUGUUCCCACCCAAUCGCUGCAUUCUGCAAUGCCCUUCAAUACUUGUCAGGAAUGCAUAGCAUCUCAAUGCCACCAGGCAUCGGAUCUUCCAUGCGUCCCUUGUGAUAACGGUGUUUCUACGUUAUGUAUCAGAUGUGAUACAAAAACUAUGGACGGCGACCUACAGUUCUAUUCUCAAACUAAAUGCGAGGAUAAAUGUCAGGAUAAGUCAAAGUGUACGUGCGACGGUUCGUGUUACGUGUGCGUUGAAAAGGGUAACGCGGCGUCGAUGACAUGCGACGGGCUGAACGUGCAGUACGAUGAUUCAUGCAAAGAGAUUCCGUACAAACCUUAAUGAGGUUGAGUAAAAAUGUAAUUUCAAUUACAUAUUAUAUACAUUAAAUAUUUAUACAUUCAAUCAUACCAACGAUUUCACGGUUUAUGCAAUCAUCACAAUUAUUUUGCAUACAAAAUUAGCAGCUUGAAUAUCUUUUUGUCAACUGUUCACGAAGAUUUGUUUGUUGAUAAAAAAUUACCUAAACUAUAUUAUUAUUAUUCGAUUUUAUUUUAUAAGUAAUCUACGUAAUUAUUGUUGUAUUAUUCAAUUUAUAAUAAGUCCAUAAAUUAUUGUAAAAUUAUAUUGU